AGGCAAGAAGGGUCCUCUUCUUGCUUCCUUCUUAUUCACAUCCCCACCCCCAAACUCUUCCAUGCCUCAUCUCCUUCCUCUCUCCUCUCUCUAGAUUCUGUUCAUAAACUUGUCUUACAAUUCUCACCCUCCCCAAACUAAACAAACACAAAAUGGGUCUCACUUCUCUUCAAGUUUGCAUGGAUUCUGACUGGCUCCAGGAAGCUGAGUCAGGGGGAAGCAUGUUAGACUCGACAACGACUUCUCCAUCAGCAGCCGACAUACUAGCUGCUUGCAGCACUCAACCACAAGUCUCGGCCGUGGCUGUAGCCGCGGCGGCUAUGAUGGACGGUGGAAGGAGGCUGCGUCCACCUCACGACCAUCCUCAAAAGUGUCCUCGUUGUGAGUCAACACAUACUAAGUUCUGUUACUACAACAACUAUAGCCUCUCUCAGCCUCGCUACUUCUGCAAAACUUGUCGCCGUUACUGGACCAAAGGCGGCACUCUAAGGAAUAUUCCGGUCGGUGGUGGCUGCCGGAAAAACAAGAAACCCUCUUCCUCUAAUACUUCAUCCUCCAAAAAGCCGUCCAGUGACCUUAUGGCUUUAGCUCAUUCUCAUCAAAAUUACCAAAAUGCCUCUCUAGGGUUUUCACAUUUUGGUGGGAAUGGGAUGAUGGGGUCUUACACAGCUCCUGACCAUAGUAACGUUGGUUUCUUGGAGAGCAAGUAUGGAAGUUUGUUUUCACAGAGCCCUAGACCUAUUGAUUUCUUGGACGGUAAGUUUGAUCUCAUGGGAGUGAACAAUAAUCUGGUCAUGGUUGAUCAUGGAAGUAACGGAGAUCAUCAACACAAUCAUCACAUGGGUCUAAGUCACGGACUAGGUCUUAACAACAACAACAAUGGUGGUCUCAUGGAUAUCUCUACAUGCCAGAGACUUAUUCUAAAUAAUUAUGACCAUCAUCAUUACAAUCAUCAUGAAGAUAAUCAAAGGGUAACAUCAGUAAUGGAUGUGAAGCCAAGUCCAAAGCUGUUAUCGCUUGAUUGGCAACAAGAGCAAGGCUACUCGGAAGGUAGCGGCAACGGAGGCGGAGGGAGAUCUGACGGUAGUGGGUACGGUGGUGGUGGUGGUUAUAUCAACAGCUUAGGUUCGUCUUGGAAUAGUUUGAUGAAUGGCUAAAUCGUCCACUAAAACAAACUCCUUGGUUUAAUAAACUACUAUGAGCACUUUUUUCUUGUCGUCAUCAACUAGUAGUAGAGAUGCAAUUCAAUUAUAGAUGGGGUGAUUAGCCAGUUUUACUUUCGUAAUUGAUUGCUGAAUAUGAGAGUAAUCUUGAUUAGUGAGUUAAGAAAUUUUUAGUUUUUUGUGUGUUUGUGUGGUUACAAAACUAUUAUAUAUCUUCAGUUUCCAAAAA